AACCUGCGAACCCCACGCAGACUAAUUAGAGGUGCGGUGGCGAGCGUAUUCCUAACGCUUAGCCCGUUGAGCCACACCGCCGAGCCGCCGAAAAUGUUGAAAUGCUAAACUGUGGAAAGAAUUUUAGAGGUCUGGUGGGGAGCUGUCCAUUGAUAGACUGGUAGAAUAGAUACCGGUAGCAAAUUUAGACUAGCAGAAAGAAAAGUCGGAUACUGGCGUUUUGAAUCUUAUCCUUUGUUUAUCAAGCGAUACCUAAUCUCUUGUCUGCUUGUUCAUAUUUUCUACAGUUCUAGGUCUGUACAGUAAAUUGUUGGCAAUGUGCAAUUCAUAUUAUAUCUAUACUACAUUACUUUUGUGUCUGAUGCUAUGUUUUCAACCAUGCCACUCUAUUUUAUAUCCCCGUGAGUCUGAAACACGGACAAUCAAAGAUCUUAGCGGGAAAUGGAAAUUCCGAAUUGAUGAUUCACCUUCAAGGCAUCAAAGUUUUGAUGAUAAAUGGUGGAAUCUUACUCUAGCAAAUUUUCCUCAAGCAAUUGAUAUGCCAGUGCCUGCAAGUUACAAUGACAUCACACAAAAUAAAAGCAUAAGAGACUUUUCUGGAUGGGCAUGGUAUCAAAAAGAAUUUUUUGUCACAAAAGCAUGGCAGCAAGAUAUGUAUGUUUGGUUAAGAAUUGGCAGUGCACAUUAUUCUGCAUCUUGGAUCAAUUCUGUGCAGGUCCUGACUCAUCAUGGUGGUCAUUUGCCUUUUGAGUCUGAAGUCAACCAUUUGAAAUUUGGAGUAAAAAACAUCAUAACGAUUGCUGUGAAUAAUACAUUGACACCGAAUACUCUACCGCCUGGUACAAUCGUCUACGAAAGUGAAGAUGAUCAUUAUCCACCGGGAUAUUUUGUGCAAAAUAUUCAAUUUGAUUUCUUCAAUUAUGCUGGAAUUCACAGACCUGUGAAGUUGUACACAACAUCGAAGACAUUUGUUCAAGAUAUUUCUGUAACCACAACUUGUGAUUCUGAUUUUUCAAAGUGCAAUUUAAAAUAUUUUGUUAGUACAUUAUCUGGCAAACAAAAUCAAAGUCAACAGCCAACAACACGCUGGUCAAACAGUAAAGUUUCCCUUUUAGAUACAAAUGGAAAUGUUGUAACGACGGGAGAUUUGUCUUCUGGUUUAUUAACAGUUUCAAAGCCAAAUUUGUGGUGGCCUGUUGGUAUGAAUGAAAGUGUAGCAUACUUGUAUACUAUUGUUGUUGAAAUAUUUGAUGAAAAUUCAAAUUUGAUUGAUAAUUAUCGUCUUCCGUAUGGAAUUCGUACUAUAGAAGUGACCGAUACCAAGUUUUUAAUCAAUGGAAAACAAUUUUAUUUUCUUGGAUUUGGUAAACACGAGGAUUGGGAUAUUCGGGGCAAAGGAUUUGAUUGGUCUUCCGUCAUCAAGGACUUCAAUAUGUUAGAAUGGCUUGGUGGCAAUUCUUUUCGAACCUCACACUAUCCAUAUUCAGAAGAAAUAAUGCAGCUAUGCGAUGAACGAGGCAUUGUUGUUGUGGAUGAAUGCCCUGCAGUUGGCCUUGAUAAUGAAGAAAAUUUUGCUGAUAAGACACUGCAACAUCAUAAAGAUGUUAUAAGAGAGCUUAUCGAUAGGGAUAAAAACCAUGCAUCAGUUGUUAUGUGGUCAGUUGCCAAUGAGCCAAACUCCAAAUUACCAGUAAGUGAAGAAUAUUUCAAGACUAUUAUCAGUUUAACUAAGUCACUGGAUGCAACAAGGCCUGUUACUGUUGUUUGUAAUCAACCAUAUGACAAAGACCUUGCAAGUGCUUUCGUUGAUGUUGUCAGUGUCAACAAAUACUUAGCAUGGUAUGAAGACAGUGGGCAUACAGAAGUUAUUCAACCAAAAUUGGGCUAUUAUCUUUCAGAGUGGUAUGAGACAAGACACAAGCCUGUUAUACAUAUGGAAUGGGGAGCUGGAACUGUUGUUGGAUUGCACAGAGAUCCUGCUGUCAUGUUCACUGAGGAAUUUCAAGAAGAAGUUAUGGAAGAACAUUUCAAAGUUUUCGAUUCGUUGCGAAAAGAUUUUCUCGUUGGUGAAAUGAUUUGGAAUUAUGCUGACUUUGCAACUGCUCAAGAUCGUGGAAGGGUGGUUGGCAAUAGGAAAGGGGUUUUAACAAGACAAAGGGAUCCGAAGUCUGCUGCAUUUGUACUAAGGCGAAGAUAUCAUGCCUUGCGCAACCAAACACUGAGUUAAUCAGUAUCUCAGUGUUUAGCAAUAAUAUUGAUAUUUUCAGGUCUUUCAUAUGUUCGAUUCUAACAAGGCUCUCGGUAAAUAGUGGUAACUGGUAAGAGCACUUGGUUUGAAAGCAUCAAUAUUGUUUUUGAGUAAGAUGUUAAGCUUUCGUUUGCCCCUAGGGAUCUUAAACACUUUGUUCCCAUUAUAAUCAGAAAAUCACUUUUUUUCUAAUUGGAACCACUUAUAUGAUUCAAGUACAUAGUUUUUAAUAUUUAUCACAUCAUUGUGCAAUUAAUGUAUUGAGAAUUUAUUAUAUUACCAUUUUGUCUGUUACCUUGUUUUCGCAGUGCAGGUAAUUAGAUUCCCCACAAUACUGGUUAUUAAAUAAUAUCUUCAAAAUCAUUAUUUUUUUCCCACUAGAAAGUCAAUAGUAUAGCAUAUUCAGAUGUAAUUUUAACGAAGUUUCGUUUUGGGAUCAUACAUAAACAAUAAAAGGUAAAAACAUUUCAUUCCUCAUUCAAAUUAUUUCCAAACGCUCAUUCACGAUAUUUAGUCAGCUAUAAUUCUAAUCAAAUCAUUGGUGCAUCCCCUGAUAGGAAAUGAUAAUGAUUUAAAAUAUUGUAAGAGGCUUCUCAUUAUUGCCCAAAACACUUGUGAUCUCCAAUUUAUUGAAAAUUAGAAUGAAGCAUAAACUUGUGUUGAAUUUCUAGUUUGUAAAAAAUUCAUGUGACGUGUAACCUAGCCAGCUCAUUUUUUUCAACUGUUAUUGAAAUGCAGCUUCACCAAAGAAAUUAUAUGCAGUUUGUCCAUCUUACUGUUAAAUACUGUAAAUAAAAGAUUGCAAAUAUCCAAAAUUAUUGGACCGAUCGGAUAUUGGUCAAAUCAUCGUAUGACUCUUUAUACUUCUGUGUAAAUGAAACAAAGACAAGGUGUCACAUAUGACCUUAUAUCAUAUUCAUGUGCUAUUUUUGGUUAUCCGAUUUAUAAUCUUAAUCACCAUAUUAUCUAUGCAUAUUUCUGGUUGAUAUCUCCCGAUUACAAAAUAUAAUUUAUCAUCGUA